AAUAUAAUAAUUUCAUACCAUUUCACUUUUCCCAGUAAAAUGUUAUUCAAUUUUACGAUAUUAACUUUUAAACUUGAACAUUAAUGAUUUUCAUUGAAAACGAAAACUGAAAAUACAAAUGUGUCUUUAUUAAUGUGCUUUAAAUUGGCGCAACCAAAGGGGUACACAAGUAGUUUACUGGUGGAUGCUGAUGAGUUCAUAACCAUAAGUUGAACAUUUUCACUAUGCUAUGAUAUUUAAAUGACUGGAUAGAAAUUUUCAUUUGAAUAACGUCACAUCAUAAAAAACGACCAUGUCUUCUGUAAAAGUGGCCGUUCGAGUACGGCCUUUUAACAAUCGAGAAAUAACUAGAGAUUGUAAAUGCAUUAUUGAAAUGGCUGGGUACACAACAUCAAUUACAAAUCCUAAACUCCCUCCUAAUGUUAAAGAUGCUACAAAAAGUUUUAAUUUCGAUUAUUCUUAUUGGUCUCAAAAUCCUUCAGAUCCAAGUUUUGCAUCCCAGACAAUGGUGUACAGAGAUAUUGGUGAAGAAAUGUUACAGCAUGCUUUUGAAGGGUAUAAUGUAUGCAUAUUUGCAUAUGGUCAAACAGGAGCUGGAAAAUCAUAUACCAUGAUGGGAAGACAAGAAGAGGAAGGUCAGGAAGGCAUAAUCCCAUUAAUUUGCAAAGAUUUGUUUCAUAGGAUUAGAUCAACUACCAAUGAUGAGUUACAGUACUCUGUUGAGGUUAGUUACAUGGAAAUAUACUGUGAACGUGUUCGUGAUUUAUUAAACCCUAAAAAUAAAGGUAAUCUUCGUGUUCGUGAACAUCCUUUAUUAGGACCUUAUGUAGAAGAUUUAUCAAAACUUGCUGUUACCACUUAUCAAAAUAUUCACGAUCUCAUUGAUGAAGGCAACAAGGCUAGAACCGUUGCAGCAACUAAUAUGAAUGAAACAUCUAGCCGUUCUCAUGCAGUUUUUACCAUAUUUUUUACUCAAAAACGGCUUGAUGAAAUGACUCAGCUAACUACUGAAAAAGUUAGUAAGAUAUCACUGGUUGAUUUAGCUGGAUCAGAAAGAGCUGAUUCAACUGGUGCUAAAGGAACUAGACUGAAAGAAGGUGCAAACAUUAAUAAAAGUUUGACUACUUUAGGAAAAGUUAUAUCCGGAUUAGCUGAAAUGGUAUCUUCAAAAAAAAAGAAGAAAGGCGAUUUUAUUCCUUAUCGUGACUCUGUAUUAACCUGGCUUUUGAGAGAAAAUCUUGGUGGAAACUCUAAGACAGCUAUGAUUGCUGCUAUUAGCCCUGCAGAUAUCAACUAUGAUGAAACUCUAUCUACUUUAAGAUAUGCUGACCGAGCAAAACAAAUUGUUUGCAAGGCUAUUGUUAAUGAAGAUGCUAAUGCCAAACUCAUUCGUGAACUAAAAGAAGAAAUACAAAGACUUCGAGACUUACUAAAAGCUGAAGGAAUUGAAGUACAAGAAGGAGAUGAUGGGGUAAAAAUGCUUAAAGAUGGUGAAGAUAAACCUAAUGUUCCUUCAUCUAUGAUUGCUGAAGAAGCUGUUGAUCAACUUCAAGCUAGUGAAAAAUUAAUUGCCGAACUUAAUGAAACGUGGGAAGAAAAAUUAAAACGUACUGAAGAGAUACGAAUUCAAAGAGAAGCUGUAUUUGCCGAAAUGGGAGUAGCUGUUAAAGAAGAUGGCGAUACAGUUGGAGUUUUUUCACCACAAAAAACUCCACAUUUGGUCAAUUUAAAUGAAGACCCAUUCAUGUCCGAAUGUUUAAUUUAUUACAUCAAAGAGGGUGUAACACGUGUUGGUUCUGCUGAAUCUAAAAUAACUCAAGAUAUUCGUUUAUGUGGCUCAUAUAUACAACGGGAACAUUGUUGCUUUGAAAAUUUAAAUGGUGUAGUUACUUUAAUACCAAUAAAAGGUGCUUUAUGUUUUGUAAAUGGUCGAGAACUCAAUGAACCUAUUAUACUGAAAACGGGUUCAAGAGUUAUUCUUGGGAAAAAUCAUGUUUUUCGUUUUAACCAUCCAGAGCAGGUAAGAGAACGGAGAGAAUAUAAAAAUAAGACCGAAGUAACAGUAGAAAACAUCAAAGAAAUUACAUCAAAACCAGAGAAGUGUUCUCCUGCUGAAACUCCUAUUGGCAAUGAAAAUGUAGAUUGGAACUUUGCACAAAUUGAAUUACUAGAAAAACAAGGAGUUGAUUUGAAACAAGAUAUGCAACAAAAAUUAAAUGCACUUGAGGAGCAAUUUAAAAAAGAUAAAGAAACUGCUGAUCAAAUAUUUGAAGAACAACGCAAAAAUUAUGAAGCUAGGAUAGAUGCUCUUCAAAAACAAGUUGAAGAACAAAGCAUGACAAUGUCUAUGUACAGUUCUUAUACUCCAGACGACUUUAUUCAAGAAGAAGAUAUAUUUGUUAAUCCAUUAUUUGAUGCUGAAUGUAAUUGGACUGAUAAAGAAUAUCAACUAGUUUUAACAACCUGUCGUAAGUGGAAGUAUCAUCAAUUUACAUCUUUACGAGAUGAUUUAUGGGGAAAUGCUGUAUUUUUGAAAGAAGCCAAUGCUAUAUCAGUAGAGCUUAAGAAAAAGGUUCAAUUUCAAUUCACAUUGCUGACUGAUACAUUGUAUUCUCCAUUACCAGUAGAUUUCUUAACACAUGAUGAUGAUGCAGAUAGACCAUUUCCACGUACCUAUGUUGCCAUUGAAGUACUUGACACAAAAAAUGGUGCUACACAUUAUUGGACAUUAAAUAAGUUAAAAAUGAGGUUGGAUCUUAUGCGCCAAAUAUAUAAUGGGGAUAUUGAAAGUCCCCAGAAUUCACCUUGCGAACUUAAGGAUGAUUUUUUCCAAUGUCUGACUGCCUGCACCCCUCAAAAGUCUUUCUCCUAUUUGAUACCCUCAAGACAAAGAUUAGAACUUAUGCGAGAAAUGUAUCAAAAUGAAGCAGAAAUAUCACCUACAUCACCAGAUUUUAAUAUCGAAGCAAUUACUGGUGGAGAUCCAUUUUAUGAUAGGUUUCCAUGGUUUAGACUUAUUGGUAGAUCGUUUAUCUAUUUAAGCAAUUUAAUGUAUCCUGUACCUUUAAUACAUAAAGUAUCAAUAGUUAAUGAAAAAGGUGAUGUUAAGGGUUACCUUCGUGUUGCUAUACAGGCAGUUUCAGAAGAUGAGGCUUCUGAUAAUUCGUGUGGAGUAAGACAAUUUGCUAAAAUAUCUUUUAAUGAUAAAGAUCUAUUAGGUCGUUUAUCUGGGAAAAAAAAUACUGAUGUCACAGAAAGAAUUGUUACAGGGAAAAGUUGCAUUAAAACUGAUGAAAUUGAAGCUGAUGGAGACAGUGGUCAUGGAGAUAGCUCUGUGUCAUCUGAUAUCAAAGAUGAAGAACUUCCAAGUCACCUAUUGAUUAGUAAAGAUUUUACAUUCAGAGUCACCCUACUACAAGCUGUUGGGGUUCCCAACGAAUAUGCUGAUAUAUUUUGUCAAUUCAAUUUCUUACACAGACAUGAUGAUGCAUUUUCUACUGAACCCGUUAAAAAUUGUGGCAAAGGCACACCAGUUGGAUUUUAUCAUGUACAAAAUAUAACAGUUCCAGUUACAAAAUCGUUUAUAGAAUAUAUAAAGACACAACCCAUUGUAUUUGAAGUAUUUGGACAUUAUCAGAAACAUCCACUUCACAAUGAUGCUAAACAAGAUAGUACUUUUAUUCGGCAACCUCCAAGACGAAUGUUACCUCCAUCAAUACCAAUCAGUUUACCUGUACGCUCUCCUAAGUUUGGAGUAUUACCUUCAUUAUGUACAUCACAUAUACACGCUAAAUAUGAUUUAUUGGUUUGGUUUGAAAUAUGCGAACUAGGACCCGAUGGUGAUUAUGUACCCUGCGUGGUUGAUCACAGUGAAGAAUUACCUUGUCGAGGACUCUUCAUGCUGCAUCAGGGCCUACAACGCCGUAUACGUAUAACUAUAGUACAUGAAACUGCUCCAGAAUUGCGUUGGAAAGAAAUACGAGAGCUUGUUGUUGGCCGUAUUCGCAAUAUACCUCAAUCAGAAGAUGAUGAUACAGACAAUUCUGUCCUUUCACUUGGCCUCUUUCCAGGAGAAUACCUUGAAAUUCCUGGUGAAGAUCGUUGCAUGUUUCGUUUUGAAGCAGCAUGGGAUAGUUCAUUGCAUAAUUCUAUACUCCUUAAUAGAAUAUCCACUGGUGGAGAACACAUAUUUAUGACUAUAUCUGCUUAUUUAGAGUUGGAGAACUGUGGAUGUCCAGCCAUUAUUACCAAAGACUUAAGCAUGGUUAUUUAUGGUAGAGAUGCAAGAACAGGCCCUAGAUCCUUGAAACAUUUAUUCAGUGGCAAUUAUAAAAACAGUGAAGCUAAUAGGCUGUCUGGCAUUUAUGAACUUGUGCUGAAAAGAGCUUCAGAAGCAGGUAGUCCAGGGGUUCAAAGACGACAAAGACGUGUUUUGGAUACAAGUUCCACUUAUGUUCGAGGUGAAGAAAAUCUUGAAGGUUGGAAACCACGUGGGGACAGUUUAAUAUUUGACCAUCAAUGGGAACUUGAAAAACUUACUAGACAUGAAGAAGUUGGCCGUACUAGACAUAUGAUUCUCCUUAGAGAACGACUGGGUCUUGACAAAGUACCAAUCACCAAAUCUGAAAAGGAGGUUUGCAACAUAAUGGCCAAAGCUUCAAGUUCCACUAAAGAUAUAAUGAGACCACCUAGUCCUGUGGUAUUACGCAAUAUUGAUCCUAUUGUGUAUGAGCCUUGGCAAAUGAAUGAGAGAGAACGAUACUUAGCAACUAAAUGUAUCAAACUUAUUCAAGGAAGAAUACCAUCCAAAGAAAAUCUGAUACAGUCCUACACUGAUGCACUCACUCCAACUGAUGAUAAGACCGAAUCAAAUAUUAGUCAUUCAUCUAGCUGUAUAACAAUAUCAAAUCAUGAAUUAUUUUCGCCAGAUCGUAGUUUCCGUGGUUCAAAUAUAGAUGACUCAAUAUACCUUAAUCAGGAUGUUAUGAUUUCUUCUCAAGUACCAUCUGAACCACAACUUGUGCUUUAUGUGCCAGAAGUUGAAGAAAUAAGAAUAAGUCCUGUAGUUUCUAGAAAAGGUUAUCUGAACAUAUUAGAACAUAAAACUAAUGGGUGGAAGAAACGAUGGGUGACAGUUAGACGUCCUUAUGUAUUUAUAUUUAGAGACGAAAAAGACCCAGUUGAAAGAGCACUAAUCAACUUAACUACAGCUCAAGUUGAAUAUUCUGAAGAUCAAUUGGCAAUGGUCAAAGUCCCGAAUUCGUUUAGUGUUGUAACUAAACAUAGAGGUUACUUAAUGCAAACACUACUAGAUAAAGAAGUAUAUGAAUGGUUGUAUGCUAUAAAUCCUCUUUUGGCUGGUCAGAUUCGGUCAAAAACUUCACGGCAAAUAAUGCCCAACGGACAAAAUCAAAAACCUGCAUUUGUGUCUAAUCCAAUUGACACACACCAAUAAAUAUCAAAAAUCUAAUAUACAUACAAUAUCUAUAUGUUCAUUUGUUUUUAAAUGUCCUAAAACGUUCAUUUUUGUCACAUUAUAGCACUAUCGUUUAUCGAUAUAUACCAUUUAGUAAUGUGCCAUUAAAAUAUUGGGCUUUAAGUAUGUAUGCUGCCAAAACACUGAUUGCUUUUUAAAAAAUGUUUAAUAAAUUUUAAUUUUAAGACAGCGGUUGUGAAAUAAUCGGUUUAAUGUUUUAAAUUUUAAAAUAAAUGAUCUUUCUUGUUUGUUAAUAGUUAUACCGAUACAAGCUAUUAUGUAAAAGCAUAAUUGAUCAAAUUAUAUUUU